AUGAACUGCUCAAUGAAGCAAUUGCAUUUGCCCAACAGUUACCAGAAUGUUCUAGCAUUCAUAUUUGCUAUAGAAGAAAUCAACAAGAAUCCUCAUCUUUUACCCAACAUAUCUCUGGGUUAUGAGUUCCAUAAUUACCUGUACAGUCACUGGAGGGUGUUGGAGAGUUCCCUCACUUUGCUCACAGGACAGAAAGACAUCCCUAAUUACUCCUGUAGGAGAGAGAAUAGGUCUGUCGCAGUGUUAACAGGAAAUUCGUGGGCAACAUCUACUCAAGUUGGAACCCUGCUGGAGCUCUACAAGUUUCCACAGGUUACAUUUGGGUCUUUUGAUCCUGUGCUAAGAGACAAUGGACAGUUUCCUUCUUUAUAUCAGGCAGCUCCCAGGGACACAUCUCUGGCCCUUGCUAUGGUUUCCUUGCUGCUUCAUUUCAGAUGGACCUGGGUGGGACUGGUCAUCACAGAGGGUCACAAAGGACUUCAGUUUAUGUCUGAUUUGACAGGAGAGAUGGACAGGAACAAAGUCUGUGUAGCAUUUGUGAAAAUAGCAUCAACUCCUAUUGUAUCGUAUAUGGCACUAUCAAAGGAAUAUGUUAUUCUGACCAAAGAAACAUCACAAGUGAGUGUGGUGAUCCUUUACUAUGACACCGAUAUUUUAAGUGAUGUAGACUAUAACAUAGAGCAACACUUACUUACUGGGAAAAUCUGGGUGACAAACUCACAAUGGCAUGCUGACAUGACAGGGAAAAAUUUCAUCCUUAAUUCAUUCCAUGGGACUUUCAUUUUUUCCAACCACCAUGAAGAAAUUUCUGGUUUCAAAACCUUUGUCCAAGAAGUCAACCCUUCCAAAUACCCAGAAGACUUUUAUCUUACUAUGUUCUGGUUCAAUAAUUUCCACUGUUCAUUCUCUGAUGCUGACUGUUCACUGAAAGACUGCACACCCAAUGCCUCUCUGGCAUGGCUGCCUGUGAAUCACUUUGACACAACUAUGACUGAUUGGAGUCACAAUGUGUACAAUGCUGUGUAUGCUGUGGCCCAUGCCCUCCAUGAGAUGCUCCAUCAACAAGCACAAUGGCCUCCACUAGGAAAGAAAGAAGUGAUGGUGUCUUCCCCCUGGCAGCUUCACUCCUUUCUGAAGAAUACUCAGUUUAACAAUCCUGCUGGAGACCAUGUAAGUCUGAAUGACAGAAGAAAAGAGGAUAUAAACUACGAUAUUCUAAACUUUUGGAAUUUUCCAGAAGGUCUUAGACUUAAAGUCAAAUUGGGAACAUUUACUCCACAUGUUCCACAUGGCCAACAAUUGUCUUUAUCUGAUGAAAAGAUCGAGUGGGCCACAGAAAAUGCAGAGAUGCCUCUCUCUGUGUGCAGUGAUAGUUGUCAUCCUGGAUUCAGGAAAUCCUCUCAAGAGGGAAAACCUGCCUGUUGUUUUGAUUGCAUCCCUUGUCCAGAGAAUGAGAUCACCAAUGACACUGAUAUGGAGCAGUGUGUGAAGUGUCCUGAUGACCAGUAUGCCACAAUACAGCAAGAUCACUGUCUCCAAAAGUCUGUAAUUUUCCUGGCUCAUGAAGACCUCAUGGGGAAGAUUCUUACUGGCACAGCCCUGAGUCUCACUCUUCUCACAGCUGCUGUCCUUGGGCUCUUUGUGAAGCACCAAGACACUCCCAUUGUGAAGGCAAAUAACCGGGCUCUCAGCUACACCCUGCUCAUCUCCCUCACCUUCUGCUUCCUUUGCUCCUUGCUCUUCAUUGGCCGUCCUAACACGGCCACCUGCAUCCUUCAGCAGACCACAUUUGCAAUUGUCUUCACAGUGGCUGUUUCCACUGUCUUGACAAAAACCAUUACUGUGGUGCUGGCCUUUAAGAUCACUGCUCCUGGCAGAAGGAUGAGGCAUUUGCUAGUAUCAGGUGCACCAAACUAUAUCAUCCCCAUCUGCACCCUGGUCCAACUCACUCUCUGUGGCAUCUGGAUGGGGACAAAUCCACCUUACCUUGAUACAGAUGCACACUCUGAACAUGGCCACAUCAUCAUUGUGUGCAACAAGGGCUCCCUCACUGCCUUCUACUGUGUCCUGGGAUACCUAGGCUCCCUGGCCCUUCUCAGCUUCACAGUUGCUUUCCUGGCCAAGAACCUGCCUGACACCUUCAAUGAAGCCAAGUUCCUGACGUUCAGCAUGCUUGUGUUUUGCAGUGUGUGGGUCACCUUCCUCCCUGUGUACCACAGUAGCAAGGGGAAGGUGAUGGUGGCCAUGGAGAUCUUCUCCAUCUUGGUCUCCAGUGCAGGGCUUCUGGGCUUCAUCUUUGCCCCCAAGUGCUACAUUAUUUUGUUAAGGCCAGAGAGAAAUUCUCUGCAUGGAUUCAGAGGUAAGAUUCAUUCAGGUAGGAAGAAAAAUUUUUAUAGCUAA